GCUGUAGUGAUUCUUUUCAACUUGUUAUGUCACAUAUGCGCGGCGGGUUUUCCCCCCUAAACUGCGCUGUUUAAAGCCCUACAAACAUUCUGUUACGUGUCACGUGGUCAUAAUCUACUCAUUCACGCAGUGUGUCACAUCUGUGAUCACUGUUUGUCUUGGCGACAGCAGAUCUCAUUACAGGUCACUUCCGGAAGUCAGUGGAGUGACUCCUGCAUUCAGCAAACAAUACUACUCAAUACACAAUACUCAUUAAUGUAGGGCUCUGAGCCCACAUCGUCCCCAGCCCUCGCACACAUCCACGUUUACUGCGUUUCCUGUACAAACCAACGAACGACUGAAAGUGUCAUGGUCUGCUGCACAUCUCGAGUGACAGCUACAGCCAGCAUCCCUAGUGACUACUUUACUUGCCAUUUGAGUGUCAUGCGCCCCUCAAUACAUUUCGCUGGCCCCCCAACUUUCAACUCCGCUGAGGAUAGUACAACUCGGACAGCAUUCCCAACGGGUGUAUCGCCAUGGAUUUCGGUUUCGGCGACGGAUAAACCGCGCUGCAGUUGUCACAUAAAUCUUCUUAACCUCUCCAAUCGCGAUUUACUACAACGGACGGAGGUCCUACAAGACAUCAAGACGCUGAUGCAAGUUCCAGAGUACCGGCUCGACACCAAGCGAUACAUCUGACUCAGACAGUGUACGGCCAGCCCACCUUACACUUAUCUGGCCAGCACCAAAGACAGGUGUGGAGGAUGAUCGUUUCCCGCGUCUUCUACGAACUACAAAAAGUUUCUUACCAACCGAUGGCUUCCACGUAAACAGUGAAUGCAAAGAGCGCGCGUGACCUCGCCAUUAGGUUCACCAGACUCUGUGGUGAUCACCUUCCUCCCCCGCUGUAGUACAAUGGUCGGCAAACAUGUCCACCAGGUGUCUAGCAAGUUCCCUUCCAACGGCAGCGACCACUCUCCCGUCUUCUUCAUCAUGGCCAACGCCAGCUUCAACGCCAGCACCUCCAACAGCUCCUGGGAGGAGGUGGUGGCCGAGCACGAGGAAGGCGCCCUGAAGUGGGGGGUGCUGGGGUUGCUGCUGAUUAUCGUGUGCUCGGCGGUGGGCAACGUGCUGGUGUGUCUGGCCGUGUGCUGGGAGCGCCGUCUGCAGAACAUGACCAACUACUUCCUCAUGUCCCUCGCCAUCGCCGACCUCCUCGUCUCCAUCGUCGUCAUGCCGCUCGGCAUGAUUGUCGAGCUCUUUGGUUACUUCCCAUUGGAGGCGGAGGUGUGCGUGCUGUGGGUGUCGAGUGACGUCCUCAUGUGCACGGCCUCGAUCUGGCACAUGUGCACCAUGUCCAUGGACCGCUACUUCACCCUCAAGUACCCCAUGCGCUACGGCCGAAACAAGACCAGAACCAUGGUAGUCGCCAAGAUCUUUUUCGUCUGGAUCGUCUCUGUGGCCAUCUCCAGUCCCAUCUGCAUUCACGGCUUCGUGGACCCUAGCAUCGUCUUCACAGCGGGCUCCUGCGUGCCGGUGCUGAAGGACUUCGUCAUCUAUGGCUCUGUCUUCGCCUUCUACAUCCCGCUGCUCAUUAUGAUCGUCACCUACGUGCUGACCAUCAACAUCCUAUGGAGGAACCAGGAGCUCAUGACUCGUAUCGGCCAGUCCGAGCUCAGGCCGAAGCUGGCGCAACUGACCGCCCAGUGCACCGGUGUCGCUCUGCCUCACAUCCCACGCUUCAUCAAGCCUGUAGACGACCAACCGACAACAGACAGCGGCGACCUUUUCGACGGCGUCCCCACAACAAGGACUGUAGUCAGCAGCAACGGCGGCAGCGGCCAGCCCAUUCUGAUGACCACCACGGCCAUGCCGACCUUUUUCCCGUCGCGAUCCUGCCCACCCCAGGCAUCUCCGCUUGCUGGUCAAGCGGUCAACAACCGCAAGUCUCCACUCGCCGCCCAGAAAGAGUCCUUCAAUAUUUCGCCCCGCUACGUACGUUCGGCGAGCCCUCGGCAUCUUCCGACCGACUCUGACAGCGAAGACGAAGAAGCGGACCUUCCCAGCACACACCUGUUGCAGUACAAGUCCAUGUCCUACCGCUCGCUGUCGCGUAAGGCGUCCAACGACGACUUUUUCUUAAACAUAAGAUCCACAAAUAACAGCCGCCCGGACAUCCUGGCCCCGACAAGAGUGGCAGCUUCCGCCAGCGUGGCGAGCGCCGGAAGAAGUCCACGCACCUGGACGUCCCUAGCCAGGUGUUCUACCGCCGGGGACGGGUCGGUGGGCAAACCCUGUACAACGCAAAGUCCGACACGCAGCUUCCUUCUUUGAGUUGGGGGUCCUCCACAGAGGCC